UAUCCAAUGCCGCACUUGUAGUACUACUAUAAAGUUUAUUCUUAAUUUUAAAGAAAUACAAUGAAGUAUGAUUGAACAAUUUAAACAACAACUCAACCUUUUAAGGAAAUAUAAAAAUCGAAUAAUCAAUUCCUUCUGUCGAGCUCUGUUUAAGCAUCCGAUGGUUAUUUACAUCAAUUACAAUAGCCCCUAACCAUAUGCAGCUCCUGUGAUUUAAAAUUUUUUAAAAUCUAUAGGAAUUGUGAUUAAAAAAUGUUGCUAUUAGCAUAAUGUUGUUUCUUGUCAAAGUAUUCUUCUAGUGCUGCAUUUAAUUAUAGACCAAUACGUGAUAUAUAUAUAGAUAGUAUUUUCACGUUUCUAUUUACUAACUCCCAUGCGUCAAACUUACGGUAUAUUCUUAGGCAGGAGCACAGAGAACCAAUGAAAUUCUUUCGCAAAGAUCAUAGUUAUAUUACUAGAGUCUCUUUUUUUUCGUUGGAUCGACUAAAAUCGAGUUUAUUAUAUUCUGCUUAAUUUUUGGAAAUACUAAUAAUCUCACAGUUUCACAAAACGCUACACCUCCAGUAUUAUGACAUUUAACAACACAAAAAUAAGUUUGAAAUAAUCAUACCUAUGCCUAUUUACAUAUCUAAUAAAUUGACUAAAUGCUCGACCUAUAUUCACAAUAUUACAGAUGCAAAUAUUCUUAUCACAUUAUAAAAUACAUUCGCAUUAUAAUCUACAAUAGAAUUGAUACCUAAGGAACAAAUUCGUACAAUAAACUAAAAGCAUUCAUCAGUAUUAUACUAUUUAAAAUAGAAUUGUGCGACUAAAGGAGAGAAUCAUCAUUUAUCUAGUUAUUUAAAUCAUUCAGAUGGUAUUCUACAUUCAGGAAGGAAUGCAAACGAUUGAUAUACAUAGAUAAUACUUGCACGUCUGAAUUUUCUAUUAUACGUUAAUUUAUAUUCUUAUUUUCUUGUACCAAAAAGCAAUCAGUAUUACAAUUCAUCUUCAAUAAUUUGUCUUCCUUAAAGAUGGUUUCCCAAAUAUUUGAUGAAUCUCCUAAAGAAAUGCAGUUAAUAAAUUCGGAUAAUGAGGAAAUGAGUCAGAAAGAAGUUCGUGGCGAUGGGAAAGUACAAAUGAAAAAACAACUUGGUCUUUUAGAAGGUGUUGCAAUUAUUUUAGGAAUUAUAUGUGGUUCAGGUAUUUUUAUUUCUCCAAAAGGUGUAAUUAAAGAAGUAGGAAGUGUUGGGGUAUCUUUAAUUGUGUGGGUAUUAUGUGGUCUACUUUCUAUGAUUGGUGCAUUAUGCUAUGCUGAAUUGGGAACUUCUAUACCUCGUAGUGGUGGAGAUUAUGCUUAUAUUUAUGAAGCUUUUGGAGGAUUACCUGCUUUUUUAUACUUAUGGGCUGCUAACUUAAUAUUUGUACCAACUACAAAUGCUAUUAUGGGAUUAACAUUUGCAGAAUAUGUUUUACAGCCAUUCUUUCCAAACUGUAUUAUUCCAGAUGAUGGUAUACGAUUAAUAGCAGCAGUUACUAUUUGUUUACUUACAUUUGCAAACUGUUAUGAUGUCAAAGAAACAUCAAAAAUGCAAAAUGUAUUCAUGUUUGCUAAAGUUGGUGCAUUAGUAAUUAUAAUUAUUGCGGGAAUGGUUUGGCUACUACUAGGUCAUACAGAAAAUUUUGAAAAUUCUUUUGAAAAUACAAUUACUGAUCCUGGUAAAAUUGCUGUGGCCUUCUAUUCUGGUAUAUUUUCAUACUCUGGAUGGAAUUAUUUAAAUUUUAUGACAGAAGAAUUGAAAGACCCUUAUGUAAAUUUGCCACGGGCUAUUUAUAUAUCGCUGCCUCUAGUUACUUUCGUCUAUGUACUGGCAAAUGUAGCUUACUUAUCAGUUUUAACUCCAACUGCUAUGAUCGCUUCUCGUGCGAUAGCUGUGAAUUUUGGUGCCGAAGUUCUUGGCAUGGUGGCAUGGAUAAUACCUGUAAUGGUAGCUAUAUCAGCAUUUGGAGGAUUGAGCGUUCACAUCAUGACAUCAUCUCGAAUGUGUUUCGUUGGUGCUAGAAAUGGUCACUUUCCUUCAAUGUUAAGUCACAUCAACAUUUCAAGAUUCACACCUACUCCUGCUUUAGUAUUCCUUUGCAUUUUAUCUUUAAUAAUGUUGUGUACAAGUGAUAUUCUUGUGUUAAUUACGUACUGCAGCAUAGUUGAGUCAUUUUUCAUUAUGUUAUCAGUAGCUGGUAUUUUAUGGCUUCGUUAUAAACAACCUAACAUGAAUCGACCAAUUAAGAUGCCCUUAUGGAUUCCUGUCACAUUCGUGGCUAUAUGUGCAUUUUUAGUAUUUGUUCCUUGCUAUGAAAGACCAUACGAAGUUGGUAUAGGUGCCUUGAUAACUUUAUCUGGUAUUCCAGCUUAUUUUAUUGGUAUCAAGUGGAAAAACAAACCAAUGUGGUUUCAACAAAUUAAUCUUGAAAUCACUCACGCUAUUCAAAAAUUAUUUAUGUCUGCCACGGAGGAACAAGAUUUCUAAAUUCAAGUAUUAUAAAUUUGAAAAUAAUUAAACCUGAAAACAAUUUAUGACAUUGCUUUAAUGCUAAUCAUGUAUGUAAUUGUAACCUCUCUAUCGCUAACAAGUACCACAGAUUGUGUUCUUUGUAAACAGAGAAUGUACAUAUGAAAUAAGUACGGUUGCUCUGUAUCUUACACAAAUCAUUUAUUAUUAUUAUGUAUUAUAAUUUAUUUUUGAAAGUUGGAAAAGUAUUUUGGUUGUACAUAGUGUGAUUGUUUACAUAUUACUUCUAAUAAUCGUGUUCCUCUUUGUGAGAAUAUCAUAAUAAACGCGUGUGAUACUUAGAGAUGAAAAUCUAUUCUUGUAAGUAUUAAUAUAUUUUCUAUUUUAUACAUCUUACUUUACUAAAAAUAUAUUAAAAAAUAAAACAGUAACCUUAAAAAUUAAGUAUCUUUGUUCAAAAACUUUUACAUAUAUGUAGUAUUAAUUCUUCAUUAUUUUGAUUAUAUUCUUAAUGUUGCGUAUUUCAAAAAAUAAUAUAUGAUAGUAUUGAUUAUAACUUCUGUGAUGUAAAUAAUGUACAUUACAUUUACAUAAUAUUACGUAUUAAUGCAAAAUAAAUUUGUAUAGUUACUUCAAAUCAAAUGUUUCAACAAGUACAAAUAAAUAUAAAUAUGAAUAUUAUUAAUUGUAAUUCUAAUUUUCAUAUUUAAAAUUGUAAUAAAAUAAUAAUUUUUGAUGCAACUUGAACACGUAAUUGAAAACACAAUUAAAAUUUUACGUUUAUUACGAUGAGGUAACUGGAACAAAUGAAUCGAUAAAAACAAAUAAAAUGAGAAUGGAGUUCAUUAUUUCUAAUUAUAAAAAUGCAUUGUUCAAUUUUGUCAAUAUUGAUUUUCCAUGUACCAUGUAUUUUUCAUUGGAAUUAUUUAUAUUGUUCUGUAACAAUGAAUAAAAUCUACUGACUUUUAUGAUAUUUAUAACAUAUGUAUUUAUUUAUGCA